AUGGCAAUGGGAGGAUACCUAGCCGCUCCGGCCUAUGGUCAUGGAUACGUCAGAGGAGAUUCAGCUGUCACUUAUAGUUAUGAUAACCAGCGAGCUGCUCCCUAUGGUGGAUACUAUGGUUACGGCUACCCUAGACAUGGUUAUGGACAUGGAUACGGCUAUGGUGGAUACGGUUACCCUGGAAGCUACGGUGGAUAUUAUGGUGGUCACCUUGGUGGACUAGCUGGCUACGGUUAUGGCCAUGGUUUGGGCUACGGAUAUGGUUAUGGUCAUGGAUAUCAUUAA